UAAAUUCGCAUCUGGCAACCGUGAACUAAAAAAAUUGUUCUUGACAUUCAAGGUCGGCUCUCGGAUCACAAAAUGUAAUUUUUGUAAUAGUUAUAGUGCGCAAAUUGUUUAAAAAUUAUUACCUCAAAUAUCUCCAAGAUGUACUCCAGAUUGAAAAUAAGUUGGUGUGAGUGUCCUAAAAUCUCCGGAGUAGUUUGUAGAUAUUUGAGUUCUGCCGAAAUCUCUACCGCUCUACGACCAUUUUACUUCAGCGUUCAUCCAGAUCUCUUUGGAAAGUAUCCAGAGCAAAGAAAAAUUAAUGAGAGUUCAUUGCAACAAUUAAGUGCUCUUUUAGAGGCUCAGCAGUCUAGUCGAAGAUUAUCAAUACCUCCAUUAUCAUUUUAUUUGAGACAGAAAAAUAUGCCUGAAGGUGAAUUUAAAUUAGUAAAAAUUAGUUUGAAUGGUAACAAUGUAAGAGAAACAGUAGCUAAAGUUUUAAAUGCAUGUGAUAUGUCAACAAAAUUAUUAGAUAAAAUUCCCAAAAGUACUCCAAAAAUGGAUAUAAGUAAUCCUGACUUUGAAAAAGCUUACCAAAAGUAUACAGAGGACUUUGAAAAUAUUACUAGGAUAAAAAGGAAAAUUGAAGAAAGAAAAGCCAUUAAUAAUAUUAUUGAAUGGGUUCUUGAAAAUAGUGCAACAGCAAAAGAAAAAUAUGAAUCGACAUUUGCAACAAGAGAUCAAGUGCAGUCCUUGAAAGAUCAUCUUUGCAAUACUUAUGGUAUAAAGGAAGUAAAACAUGAUAAUGGUUGGAAUAUAAGUCAUAUAAGAGGAGCAUUACAGAGUCUUGUGUCACUUGCAACCCAGCACUCAAAUGAAAUGACCAAUUUAGAAGGUAGAAUUAUAGCUUUAGGACAAUUCACUGGAGUAAGUUUAGAUGGUGAUGUAUAUCUCAAUAUAAUUGAUGUCAGAAAUGAAUGGCUUUCGCUAAUAAAAAAAGUUAGUCAAGAAGACAGCGCUUUGAUUGAGAUACCUAAGUAUGAAAAAGCUUUAUCAAGUAUUUUAAGAAAUAUACACAUAUGUAGAAGGAAAUUUAUGCCAAAAGUGUCCGCGUUCCAAUACUGCAAUCAUCUGAGGCAAUUAAUCACUUCUAUUGGUGACUUUUACGGCCGCGGGAACAAGUUUCCAUCAACUGUGCCUGAAUCUCUUAGCAAAUAUCAAAUAGUUGUAGAGCCAGAAGCAGGUCCCUUAAUGGUGUCACCUACUGGACAAUUCAUAACUCCAUCAUCAUGCCCCGCUGGCGAGCUCAUAACAUACAUCGGCAAUCAUCUCGACGAAGCAACAUUACUCAUGACAGAGUACAACAUAAAUAAACACGUCGAAAAAGCACUUUAUAAUGAAGUAGUCGAACGUUUUGGACUUUUAGAAUUACACAAAGACGACAGCAUAACUCCAGGGCUUAUGAUUUUAUGUUGUCAGAGACUGCUAACUAGAAGUGACAAGCUUCAUAAGAAGUUACAAGGCAACAUUUUAUAUAUAACACAUUAUUAUUCUGUAUUGUCUGAAGGAGUAUUAUGUAUACCAUGGAAUUUCAAAUAAUUAAUACCUACCAAAAGUGUAAACACAACUGCUUCAGGGUAUUAAAAUAUUACAAUUUGAUCUAAUAUACACAUCCACUAUAUCAAUGUAUUAAAUAAUACAAACUGUGA